AUGUCGUUCGGUAAACUCUACGGAUCCAAGGACAACGCCCGCUCCACCGUCCUCCUGGCGGUCGCAAAGGAGAACAACCUCGAUAUUGAGCUGAUUGAUACUCGUCCUCCCCAGACCGACCCUGAGUACCUCAAGGUGAACCCUCUCAACCGAGUCCCAACUUUCGUUGGCGCCAAUGGCUUUCUCCUGACCGAGGCUAUCGCAAUCGCCAUCUACUUUGCAUCUCAAAACGAGAAGACAACCCUUCUGGGCAAGACUAAACAAGACUACGCUUCCAUUGUCAGAUGGAUGUCCUUCUCAAACUCUGAGCUCCUCCCCAGUAUCAGUGGAUGGUUCCGUCCUCUGAUUGGCAGAGACCCCUACAACAAGAAGUCAGUUGACGAUUCCAAAGCGGCUGCUGCACAGAUCCUCAAGGUCCUUGAGCAACACCUUCUGGUCCACACCUUCCUUGUUGGCGAGCGCCUUACUCUGGCCGACUUGUUCACUGCUUCCCAGAUUGCACGUGGAUUCCAGUAUGUGCUGGACAAGGCCUGGCGAUCUGAGAACCCAAACACCACUCGAUGGUACGAGACUAUUGUCAACCAGCCAAUCUGGAAGGCUAUCAUCGAGCAGCCAAUCUUUAUUGAAGAGGCUGUGAAGUACACUCCCCCAAAGAAGGAACCAAAGCCUGCAAAGGCCGCAGCUCCAGCUGCAAAGAAGCCUGCCAAGGAGGAAGAAGAGGAGGAAGAGGAGGUCAAGCCAGAGGUCAAGCCCAAGCAUCCUCUUGAGGCCCUCCCCAAGCCUACUCUCAUUCUUGAUGACUGGAAGCGAAAGUACUCAAACGAGGAAACUCGCGAAGUCGCCCUCCCAUGGUUCUGGGAACACUACAAGCCAGAAGAGUACUCCCUCUGGAAGGUUGACUACAAGUACAACGACGAGUUGACCCAGGUCUUCAUGACCUCGAACCUCAUUGGCGGUUUCUUUGCCCGUCUCGAGGCUUCCCGCAAGUACCUCUUCGGAGCCGCCUCGGUCUAUGGCCAAGCCAAUGAUUCUGUCAUCCAGGGUGCCUUCUUGGUGCGCGGUGACGAGGCUCUCCCUGCUUUCGACGUCGCCCCAGACUAUGAAAGCUACGAAUUCACCAAGCUUGACCCGAGCAAGCCAGAGGACAAGGCCUUCGUCGAGGACCAGUGGUCAUGGGACAAGCCAAUUGAGGUGAACGGCAAGAAGUACGAGUGGGCUGAUGGUAAGGUCUUCAAGUAG